UCCGAGCUGUUCUGAAUACGCCUUGAAACCCGGAAGUGUUCGAAUCAGCAGCUUCCAGCAGCAGAGCAAUGCUGCAGAGCAGGUUGUCAACUUGUAUYUCAUCACAAUCGAAGAAGAAACCUGUAGGUACGGCUGAAUAGACUGAUUACUUUGGUAACUUUAUCAAACGACGUACUGCACGUCUGUUCACGGCUAUGGAUCAAAAGGACCUCAAGGAAGCAUUUGUCAGUAAUCUCAAUGGGACCAGUUUAAUGGAGGUGGCGCUGGGAUCAUUUCUCUCYCCAGUUUGCUUCAUGAACAGAGGGCUCAUCUUUAUACUCUGCCAGCAGRUUAAAGGAAGUCUGCCUCUGCCUUUUCCAAUGACUUCCCACCUGYUGCUUGACUUCUGCGUGCUGAUCCUUCCCCUGGUCCUGUCAUGUACCAUUCUGAGCAGCGUUCUUCUCCAGGUCGCCGUCAGCCUGACCUUUGCUUCGGCUUCUAUGUUUCUCUACAUCUAUCGAAGCAGCUUCCACGCUCAGCAUUCGCAGACGUCUGUCAGCGGUUUCCUGCAGAGUCACACUCAGUCCGACCAGGUCCCGUUUGUGACUCUCUUCAGGGUGUUUGUGAACGUGAAAACAGCCAUCAGCAUCCUUGCAGUGGACUUUGCCGUCUUUCCRAGGCGCUACGCUAAAACAGAAACCUACGGCACGGGGGUUAUGGACUUUGGAGUUGGAGGGUUUGUGUUUGCGAACGCCCUUGUGUGUCCAGAGGCGAGGAGGAAGAACAUCUCAGGGUCCAAGAUGAGUUAUUUCACAAAGCAGGUCGUCUCUGUCUGGCCUCUGCUGGCUCUAGGCGCGGGACGGUUAGUGAGCGUCAAAAUGACCGGCUAUCACGAACAUGUGACGGAGUACGGCGUCCACUGGAAUUUCUUCUUCACUUUAGCCGUCGUCAGAAUUCUGGCUUCUGGUCUUUUGACUGUUUUACCUGCCAGGCACUUGUGGGUCUUCGCUCUUCUGAUCAGCGGGCUUUAUCAGUUUAUUCUGGAGACGUCCGAGCUGAAAGCUUUCAUCCUGCGCAACGAUGACAGAGAGAAGGGCUUUGUGCACGCUAACAAGGAGGGCAUAUUCUCUCUAGUAGGCUACGUCUCCAUCUAUCUAACAGGAGUUCAGAUCGGACUCUACGUGAUGCAGCCCAGAUCUCGAGUUGGAGAGUGGCUCAAAGUGCUUUCGUGCUUCUUCUUGGGAAGUCUCGUCUUGUUCGCCGCCUUGUGCGCGUGCCAGACUCUCGUGGAGCCCGUGUCUCGCCGCUCCGCCAAUUUUCCCUUUUUCCUCUGGAGCCUCGCUCAGUCUUUGUUUUUCAUGUCCUGCUUCGGGCUAGCGGACAUGCUUUUACUGUUCCUGAAAAGAGCGUCGGGUUGUCACGUUGUGCCUUCGUCACUGAACGUGUAUGACAAAGACGCUGACAAAUCCCUCGGCAGGAAGAGAGGGGAAAUGGAAAAGCUCUGCAUCGUUCAAGCCGUCAGCAGGAAUCAGUUGUUGUUUUUUUUGCUUUCAAACGUCAUGACAGGACUGACCAACUCCCUGGUGGACACACUCAGCUGCAGCAGUUUGUAUUCAGUGUGUGUUUUACUGCUCUACAUGUUUGUAAACUGCUCGGUGAUUUAUGUUUUACAUGUUUUUGGAGUUACAGUGAAAUUCUGGUAGAGGUUACAGCUGUCUGCUUACCAUUUGUUUUCUUUUUGUGGCCUGUAAAAACCAUCUGUUUGCUGAGGAUACUCCUUUUUAUUUGUGUUUGUUGGUUGUUGUUUUUUUAAAUAUAUUUUCUAACGCCAGUUUGUCUCUGAAAUAAUGGGGACUGGAACCACAAUUUUAUGUGAGCUGCAUUUGUUUUGUGCGUGUUUUAUUGUUUUUAAUUUAACUCAUAAAAUUGGUUCUGUUUUUUAGAAGUGGAUCAAGUCUACAAACACACAGUGAAAAUGUCUGAAUACUGCAGCAUUAAAAAUGUCUAUUUUAUUAACAAAA